AUGCAUACUUUGAACAUUGCUAAUACCAAAUUACAGAUUUACACCACUGAUUCUAAAGUUUUCAUAGAUGAAUGCCUACCCUGUACUCUUAAUUGCGAGGGAGGGAGUGGGAAAUGUGAAACUAAGGAAACUGCUGUUUCCUCCCUUGUGAUGAAAUCCACCUGACACCUCCAUGCUGCUGAUAUGAAUGAUUCACACUCUUUUUUUUUUUUUUUUUUUUUGGACUUAUUUUCCUUUGGAGAAGAUUUCCCUUGCUGUGUAAUGUGUCAGCCUCCUCUUGCUUUGUAAGAAGUCCUCUUUACCUGUGUCCAGUUACUGCUGUAGGUCAAAAUGCUAGGUAAGGCAUUCUAACUCAUCAUAUCUACUCACACUUAUUAAUUAAGAUUACUUUUUGAAAAUGUCAGUCAUUCAAUGCCAAGUCGUUCAGUAAAAUCAUGCUACAGCUUUAGAGUUCCCUGCUGAAAUAUGCUCAGUUGGAUGUACUGUAGUUGUUGUCAUGCAGCUAUCCUAUAUGAGGAAGAGCUUGUCUGAUAAAGGAAAAGCUGUGAACAUAAUUUUAUUUUACUCCUUGUUUUAUUUGUUUUUGUUUUGUCAUCUCUCUGAGUGAGACAGAGUCCUAUGUACCCCAAUGGUAUAACUCGGGGCUAAUCAGACUUUUACGUACAGGUAGACAAUUUGAGUGUCUCAUGGAUACCUCCCCUCUCAUUCAUGAUUGCAUAGUGUCCCUGUGCUAACUAGAUUGCUUAUGGGGAAAAUAUUUAAAGAAUUCUUGGUUGCCUAAUCUGAUGGAAAGCACACCACAGACCACAGAUUGGGACUCUUUGAUAUAACUGCCUCACUGUACUAACUUUGCCAAGGAUCAGCUGCCCUUGAUUUCUAUUUAUGCAUUAGUAUUUAGAAAUUUAGGUACAAAAAUUUGCUGAACCUACAAAGAUUCAGGUGCCAGAUAAAGGAUUUUACAUUAAACUAGCACCAGGCUCUAACAGAGUCUGGCAAUUUCCGGUCUAGUAGCAGCAGCAACAUGUGUUAUCUAUUUUGGCAAUACAGUUGGAGGAGUGGGCCAAAAAUAGUAGAAUCCGGAAAACUCUAGGUGCUGGUGUGUCUUUGCAGUGUUACUUAGCAGGAGUGCAUGAGAUUUAGAUUUUUUGCAGUAAAACUGGAGAAGGUGCUGCACUUCUGUAUUUACCUGGUAGAAUGUGGAGAUUUUGGAUUUGUAAAAGUAGCUGGAUCUAAGGAUUGGAUAUAUAUCUUUAUGGUGCUAGUGUGCCAGUUUACAACAGAAUCAGGAUUUUUUUGGCGCACUAGGAGCUGUUAAAUUUUGAUACAAUGAACACCAAAAAACCCAAAUUGGAAUUAAAAAUUGGCAGAAAGCAGGCACUGGAUUGGGCUGCAAUGCAUCAGGUUCUGGAUUUUUAAAGUGAUGUAGUAGAGGCAUACUUUGUUUUAUAUUUAGAUUAUAUAUUUUGGGGCUUUGGGCCAAAAAUUGCAAAGAUCCAGCUAUAACUGUUCUCUAUCCAGGCUAUGCAAUUAAGGUGGUAUAGAGGGAAACCAAAAAUUGGCUAGGUCUCAGAGGCUCCAAGUUUCUAUAGUCUUUAUUCUCCAAGUUUUUGUAGUGUUUAUUCUCUGAGAUGCAUCUGGUAUGCAUUUUUAUUUUCUGGUAGGAUAGGAGGCAGCUGGACUUGUUAACUAUUUUGAUGGUACAGUUUGGGACUUGAGAGCCAAGAAUGAGCACACUCCAGAUUUCUUCCCAUUUGCUGAACACAAGGUGUUCUGUGGAGAAUCUGUGAGGUGGGCAGAGGAGGUGGGAGAUGGAUGCGCUAGGACAAGGCACAGCUAGUACUCUGGGGAAGAUCACUCAUGGAAGUGGGCGGCAGCCGAGGUUUCCCUCUGCUUUUCCGUUCCAUUCCCUAAUAUAGAAGCGCUUCCGGCGGCGUGGAACACUUUGACAUCAUCCCCCGCACCCCGAUGACGUCAGCGCCGGGAGCAGUGUGUGACGUUGGUGCGUAGGGGAACGCGCUGACGUGUCCUAUUUAAAGGUCCCCAAGCGGAGGAUGGAGACAGAGCAAGCAGGUGCAGCUGUGGGAAGCGCCGGGGCUGCAGAGCACAGGGAGGGAGCGUGCGGCGCAGCUUGCUGGGGACCGUAGGGUGCCCGGCCACGGGGAGGAGGCGGGGCAAGUGCCCAGCCGGGACCGCUAAGUCGCCGCGGUCUCGCUGACAGAACAAGCGCCUGGUCCGGCACCCGAGGGGUGAGGGAGAAAGAGACGAGGGGGCCGGGACAAGCAGCGCCUGUUCCCCGGCGCCGACGAGCUGCUGUUCCCGGGAGCAAGGGAGGCGGAGAAGGAGCGGAGCUGGAGCGGGGGCGGGUGUGAGGGAGGGGGGAGGUGCGCGGGGAACCAGCGUCUCGGGGGCGCUGGAGCAGCCGGGUGCAGCCCGACAUUGAGCUCCCAGCUGCGAUACGCCAGUCGCCGCGCGACACUGGGAUCCCGCCGCCUUGUGCGGGGCCAGGGAGCGGGGGGGCCGCGCGGCUCGGUCCCUCGGUCCGUACCGUUCCCCUGCGGCAUAGGGGAGCGGGGGGCGCUGCCGCUCCCAUCCCCCGCUGCCGCUCUCGGUGAUUGAUCCGCCUCUCCGAGCCCGGAGGAAGAUGCUCGCCCGGUCGCUGCAGCAUGAGGCGUGACUGAAAGGACCCGUCCCUGCUGGAAGAGGGAGCGGCGCUCCGCGUCUCGGCGGCCGGGUAGCGGGGCCUCUCUCUGCGGGGGAUGUGCCACCAGUGCUCCCGCAUAGCUGCUGCUGCUGCCGCUCUCGGGGAGCCUCAUGCCAGCGCCGGUGAAACGGCUCCCUCCGCCUCCGCCUGCUGCUCGGGAAAAUGAAUCGAUACCCCCCAUCCUGCUGCUGCUGCCGCUGCCGCCGGCGGGGGUGUUAGAGGGAGAAGCGGCGGGGAGCGCUGCGCAUAACGCCGGCCCCAUCCCGCGCUGCACCUGACAUACCCCGAGCUCGCGGUGCCCUGGGGCUUUGCUUACCCGGGGGAUAAACGCUGCUGCAGGGUCCCUCGCCCCCGUGAGAGGCGAGCGUCUCCCCUUCUCCCCGCGCAAGGAGAGGCUGGCUGGCUGUGGGGAGGGGAUUCGCUGUUUGCUACUACCUCCGAGGCCAUCUCCUCUGGCAGUGGGCUGGAGUUACUCUGGGGCUGGAGAAGAGCGUGCUCCGAGAGGAUAUGGGAGAAACCCCCCUCGGGCUUCUUCCUUAGGACGCCUCGGCUCCUUCUCCUUCCAAAGGGGAUUGUGAUUUCAUUGGCUACAACUCCACAUGCCUACGGACUCCCGUUGUGGUAGGCGCUGACCCACUAGGGCAGCGCUUAAGCCCUGCUAAUAGGAGCGCGGGGCCACUUGGAUUUCUCUGAAAAGCCUGGGAUAUAAUCAAGCCGGGAAACGUGGUGACCCAGACUCGUGUCACCAUCGCUAAGGGAACGUCGGACCAGAGGGGUAGAGAACCAGGUGGUGGAGAGGCGAGGAAAAUCCUCUGGGAAUCGUCUAUAGAGCACCUUCAGUUCAAGCUUCCGUUGGGCAUCAUGGGGGAACAACCCAUCUUCAGCACCCGAGCUCAUGUCUUCCAGAUUGACCCAAACACUAAGAAGAACUGGGUUCCCACCAGCAAGCAUGCUGUUACUGUGUCCUACUUCUAUGACAGCACAAGAAAUGUCUAUAGGAUAAUCAGCUUGGAUGGCUCAAAGGCAAUAAUUAAUAGCACUAUCACCCCCAACAUGACAUUUACUAAAACAUCCCAGAAGUUUGGCCAGUGGGCAGACAGCAGGGCAAAUACGGUCUAUGGCUUGGGAUUUUCCUCUGAACAUCAUCUUUCAAAAUUUGCAGAAAAAUUUCAGGAAUUCAAAGAAGCUGCACGAUUAGCAAAGGAGAAAUCCCAAGAAAAGAUGGAGCUAACAAGUACACCUUCACAGGAAUCAGCAGGAGGGGACAUUCAAUCUCCUUUAACACCAGAAAGCAUUAAUGGAACAGAUGAUGAAAGAACAACUCCAGAAGUGACACAAAACUCGGAACCAAGGGCUGAACCAACCCAGAAUGCAUUGCCAUUUACACAUAGUUCGACAAUCAGCAAGCACUGGGAGGCUGAACUGGCCACACUUAAGGGUAACAAUGCCAAGCUCACAGCAGCUCUGCUGGAGUCCACUGCCAAUGUAAAACAAUGGAAACAACAGCUUGCUGCAUAUCAGGAGGAAGCAGAACGUCUACAUAAGAGGGUGACUGAGCUGGAGUGUGUGAGCAGUCAAGCAAAUGCAGUCCAUACACAUAAAACAGAAUUAAACCAGACAAUACAGGAAUUAGAAUCCACACUGAAGAAGAAAGAAGAGGAAAUAGAAAGAUUGAAACAAGAAAUUGAUAAUGCCAGAGAGCUUCAGGCACAGAGGGAUGCUUUGACCCAGAAGCUCCAGGAAGUAGAAAUUCGAAACAAGGACCUGGAAGGGCAGCUGUCUGACCUAGAGCAACGUCUGGAGAAAAGUCAGAAUGAGCAAGAAGCUUUUCGCAAUAACUUGAAGACACUUUUAGAAAUUCUUGAUGGAAAAAUCUUUGAACUAACAGAAUUACGAGAUAACCUGGCCAAGCUAAUAGAAUGCAGCUAAAGAAAUGGGAUUUCAGUGCCAAUCAUCUUAAAGAUGCACUGUCUCUCUUCAUAGGACUUUGUUGGGCUCUGCAUCAAAGUUGCACAAAAUUAGAAAAAUGCUCCUCCAAGAGGGCCUAUUUUAAAUUUGAAUAGUAUAUUUCAAUGUAAAAUUUAGAAAUCAUCUUGUAGCUAGUUGAAAAAGAAAACACUUGAAUUACAAAUUACCUCCAUGUAUAUUAUUGGCCAUAAAUAACUUGAAGAAAGAUAUUAACAGUAAUUGAAUGCAAUGAUUUUCUGAUUAUUAGCCAGUGGAAGAAUUAGCAGUGUCCCAGGUCACAUCCCCUUUUUGUGUUAGACACGAUAUAGAUUAUCUGCUUUUUUUAUUUAAGAUAUCUAAUUGAUGUGUUUUGUGCAAAAACUUAGUGAUGACAGCCCUGUCUUUUGUUGUAAUCUUAAUAAUUUCUCAGGAUACUUUGCGCUGUUGAGAAACAGUGCCAUUACCAAUUAAUUCUUGCCAGGAGUGAGAGAGAAUUGCAUCUUUAAUUGAAACAUAGUUAAUAGAACUGCUUGUAUAGAGUUCUUCCUUUUUUUUAUACUGGAAGAUACUGUAUUUCUUUAUGAAGUUCACUCUGGUGUUCUAUAAUAUUGUCCAGUGUAUGGUUUACUUUCCAUAUUAUUUCCAUGUAUUUACAAUGAGAUCCUGUCUCCCAUUUUAUUAUACAUUUUAAAGUCAACCAAUGAAGGCAGGUGAGUUCCUCAGAAAAAAAUAUUUUUAAAUUUAAAAUUUAAAUUUAAAAGCCAGUAAUUUAUUGUCUGGCCUUAUUAAACAUCAAAUAUAAUUAGAAUGUGCAGUUACUUGAAGAUGUUUUAUUAGCCUAUUUUGCAAGAAAUCUUUUCGGAAUGAUCAGUGCAUUUCAGUUUUGUGUAAUAAUGCCUAGUGGAGAACACUGUUUAUUGAUCAUGUUAGGGAUAUAGAGCUAUUACAAGGGGAUUACCUUUGCAUUGAACUUGUCCAGCCAAGAGAAAUGUUUCUAGAAGCUGUGUAGUCAUAGCAAAUUGAAAUGGAGACAUGUUUUCUCUGUAUAGUUCUUCACACCACAUUUUACCGAAACCACGCCAGGCAACUGAACUGUUACAUAGUUGUUUAAAAAGAGGAAUUGAAUUCACUUAUCCUCAGUGAAUGGGUUUUAAAGUUGUUUUGAUGUAAUUUUAACAGACUUUUGGCAAACAUGCAUUUCUCUAUAAUAAUAUAUUGAUUUUAAGAAAAGUCAUUGAAAGGUAAGCCAAGUGUCAUAUGUUUGCUUAUUGAAUGGGAAGUGCAUCAAAGUAUGUUGUUGCCAUAAAUUGCCUGCAAUGUUGGAGAGGGUUUUUUUAAAAAAAAAUGUAUGAAUGAGUAUCAGACUCAAGAGUCUCAAGAUGCACUGAGUUUUUGUUUGUGCCCAAAAUUAAUUUGAAUGUUAAAUACAAAAUCCAGAUGAUUACUAAAUUUGUAUAACAGACAAUUUUCUCCACUUUUACAGAGUGCUAUUCAAAACUAGAAAAUGUAGGUCUGGUUUGUGUGUGUGUACUGUAUGUAUAAUACACGCAUUCUAAUUUACAUUAGAAAGAGAGAAAAUACAUGGUUUGUUUAUAAAAUAUCAUUUUUUCUUUACAAGUGAUUUAUCAGGUUCCCCUGACAAGUCAGGAGAACAGUUUAGUUCAAAUACUAAACCAUCAUAUAUUAUAUCGUAUGUACUGUACACACCAUUUACAUUUCCUCCAUAUUUUUAGGGUAUUUUCUCACCUAUUUUAUUUAUUAAGAGGGGAAAAAAAGCUUAGUUCAGUGUGCAUAUGGCUGAAAGCUUGCUGUGGUGAGUUACGUAUUUUUUAUUUGGUGGAUGUUAAAUGAUGAUGAUAUGGGUAACUUCAUCAGGUGAGCAGAAAUCACCAGGUUUUAAUUUACAUGAAGCUAUUUGGGCCUGAUUCUCUUGUGAUUUACACCAGUCUAAAUCAGAAGAAUCUUCAGUGAUGUCAAUGGAGUUACUCUGGUUAAAACUGGUUUAUGUGCCAGGAGAAUCAAGGCCAUUAGAACUGGAUGGGCUUAAUUAGGAGGAAGUAAAAGGUGAAACAAUAGCAAGUUGAUAGGAUAAUAAAUGUGAUAUUAUUUUAAAUUAUAUUAUCAGAAUUUUUUAAAAUGUCAUCCUUUACAUGUGGGAAAAUAGCUUACAAAAAUAUUUCCACUUACUUUUUUGUAUAUGUGUGUUACAUGAGUAUUUUUAUGUAUACAUACAUACACAUAUGUAUAUAUAGUACAUGGGAAAAAUUUAGAUGUGCACAUUUUUAAUAUUUUCCUAGUGAAAUGAAAUUUAAAAUUGGAAAAUAAUAUUUGAAAAUUUCUUUUCUCAUAAAGUAGAGAUGCUUGAUUUCAUUUUUUAAAAUAAUGCAAUCUAUUGAGGGCUGCACCUUUGAAUUCCCAAAAUAGUCGUCAAACAUGGAUAUGGGAUAAGGUGGACAUAAGUGCACAUAUAAAUAAAAUCUUAUUGUAAGAAUAUUUUAAAUGUUCAUUUUCAGUAGGUGAGUGUAUAGAAAUUGUAAUCUAAAGUUCAUAAUUAGGUGGUGAUACCUACUGUAGCCUCUCCACUUCUGUAUUAAGAUAUUUGAAACAUUAAUUUUUCCCCAGAAACAGAUAUUAUACAUUGUAUCUAACUUUAGAUAAAACUGUGGGAAUAUGUAUGCCAGAAAACAAUGUUGGGUACUGUAGCCUGAAAAUGUGAACAAGAACCUACACAGGAGAGGAGAGCAAUCACAUUGUGUAUAACUUGUUAUAUGACAACUAUGGAGUCUUAUUUAAAAAAAAAAAAAUGGAAAAAAAACCCCAACAAGAAAAAGAAAAAAAACCCCAAAAAUAUAAUUUUUAUUUUGAAAUACACUUGCUGUUCUCUGGAGAAUGUACUUUUUCUCUUUAUUUUUUUCUUAAAACUUUUUCAAGUAUUAAAAAGUGUGCAAGUGAUGGCAGCAGUUACCUUAAUCCUUCAGGUGCUACUGGAUUUUGCAUUGGCGUGUCAUGUUGUGAAAUCCUGACUUUGACAUAAAAGGUUUUAUAAGUACAUCCCCGUCUGGAAAGUUAGUUUUUGGAGUGUCUCUCUCGUAAUCCGUAUGCCGGAAUGACCCGAAGUUGUAUUCUUCUGUACUGACGUAUUAAAAUCUGUCAACUGUAAUAUAGGCCAUGAUUUCCUGCUCUCAGCAAACUUCCAAGAAAACUGGAAAGGAAAACAAAAAUAAUUCAUCAACAGUGGACUUUACAUGGUACAGGGAAGGAUACGGAAUAAUUAAUUGUUAUAAAAUCUCAAAGAAGCACGCAUUUCAGGUAAGAAGUAGUUUAGAGUAGUGAAUACACAGAUAUAAUUGAAACUGAAUGUAAGGAAGUGGUGGUUGUGACUAAUAUUGUGAUGGUGGCAUUUGGAGAAGAUAAUUCUUUUUUUAAUAAAGUAAAUUUUUAAUAAGAAAAGAGAGUGGAUAAGAAUGCAUCAACUGAGGGAAAAUAUUUUUGGUUUUCCUCCUUCAAUUGCCAGCCAUGGAAAGUUUUCUUUUUUCACGCCUUUUCCUUCUCCAGCCUAUCAAUUAAGGGUUAAAUCUAGGUUUAACUUGAGUAAAUGGGUGAACCUCAGUUGGUUCCAUCCUCACGUUCUCUGUUUCUGUGCUGAAGAGGCUAUUGAACAAUGUCCUUCCUUUAUGCAUCAUAUUCUUUGAGGGAGGUAGUUACAGAGUCAAAUGCAAAAUCUGCAUCAGGCUAUUGUCACAAAUUCAGGGUGGGAGGCAAAGGAGAAAAAGGCUGCAAUCCUUCCUGGUCAUUCUCUAUCUUGCAAAGUCUGGCCCAUUAGCAUUAAGAAUAUAUUGACUACUUUACUUGUCAUUACCUUAGAAUAGGGCCAAAUGUCAAUCUGAUUAGAGUACAUCUCUGAACAUUGAGGAGUAAUUUUAAAAAAAUCAAGCCCACUUGGGCUGGAGUUGUGUGCACUCUCAGUAACUGGUUAUGCCAAUUAGACACGCAAUUAUGCACUCAUUUUCUCUAAACAAGGCUCUGGAUUGUGCAAAGCAAUGUUCUGAUUGGUUGGUGGAGCUUUUUCUGACGAUAAUA